AUGUCGGGAGUCAAAUGGAUUAGUCCAGAGCCCAACGCCAUUUUAGUGUCUGGGAGUAAAAUGGUUGCGACUUGGUCAACUCCUGCCAGGCCAGUUUCCUCCCCCUCAUUUCAGUUAUGUCUGGUCGAGACCGAUGAGUGCGGUGGCACCAUAUGGCCAAAAGUCAAGAAGCUAUCUGGUGGCCGAUACACGAUCAAUUUGAAAAUACCCCAGCUAAGCUCUGAUGACGGUUUCUUCAUCCGGAUGGUCGAUGACAAGGGCUCCAUGUACGAUACCCCUGAGUUCGAGCUCCAAGUUAGUGGAGCUUCAAGUUCUACUUUGGCGUUAAACUCGAGCUCACAGAGUUCUUCGUCAAUGCUACCCGAUUCUUUGACUUCGGUUCGACCAGACUUAGCCGCAUCAGGUGGUGCUUCGGUCGAGGAUGGUUAUCAAGAGGCCAGUGAGCCCAGCUCAUAUGGCGCGGCAAGCCCCGGUUAUAAUUCGUCUUCAUCAUACUCAGAAGGCCCGGGAGGGCGUGGUAAACCACAGUUUCAUAAAGGGGCCGAUAAGAAUCCAGGCAAGUUUUAUCAUCCCAGAGUUUAUCAUACGCUUAUUAGGCCCGCAGACAAAGGUUUGAGACCCGGGGCAAACGAAACAGCAACUACGAGUGCAUCAGGCAAUUCAACCCUGGCUUCUGCUAGUGGCACCACCUCUGGCUUGAUUUACACCCCUUCAGUCACUAAUAAUGCUCUCAUCGGCAGUUCUAACGACAAUAAACCUUCAACUGCGGCUAUUGUAGUUCCAUUGGCGAUAUUCGCUGUUGCUCUAGCUGGGUUGAUCUUCAGUCUUAGACAGAGGUCCAAAACGAAGAAGAUUCGAGUUCAAGAGAAUAGGCCAGCACUAAAUCAGGUCGUCACCAAGGACUCAUGCACCAGUAAUUCAAGUACCAGCAGCUCAGGAUCUUCUCGAACCGAUUUAGAACGAGCAAUGGAUUUCAUCGCUGGGAUCAAGGUGCCUCACUCCCCCGGGCUUACGCCUCUUCCUCCAAGCAUCGAAUCCAAGAGACGUGAAAGGCGCGAAAUCAGGAUGAGACAACCUAACACAUCAUUCCGAGAUGAAACAGCCUCCGAGCAUAUGCCGGCGCUGGCCAGUUCGAGUGCACCAAAAGUGGAUCAAUGUAUCCGGCGAAAUGACCAACCUCUCCCUCCCUUGCCUGGCAUCGUGCAGUCGGACUCUGAAGGACUCUCGCAAGGAAAAGUGUAUCAGAUGCCGGUUCCUGUCAUCACAGAACAACCCAUUCGUCUCUCAAUUCAUUCUCUUGGCCCGGAUUACCGAAGUCACACCAGUUUGCCUCAGGUUGCUUCCGCCCCUCCUGCCACGCAUUCUCCUGAAAAUAGUUCAACAGUGGCAACUAGGUUAACAUGUUUUAUGCAACAGCAUGCUCAUAAUAUCCCUUCAAGCAUGUCACAACCUGCCAUGGUGGCACCCCCACCUUGUCACCCCACGUCAUUAACAUCAUUAUUGACUGCAAACCCAGGAUUUCCAUCAUUUCCUGUCCUCCCGGACUCGCUCCGAGCAGCCCUUCCGCAGGCUCCUGCCGUUUCUGCUCCAGAGAUUGUGGUACACCCCGUUUGCUCAGAGUACUCAGAGCCUAAUCCAGAAUCUCAGCUCAAAAGCGAGCUCACUGACCAAUCGCCAAUACGACCACGUCCAGCCAUCCCAUAUUCAACACGUCCUCAACCCAAACAACCCCAAGUCAACGUUAUGUCGAACCCUUACGACGCGAUCGCAAAGGUGUUGAGAACCCGAGACUGGAAUGAACAUUCGAUUAGCCAUUUGUACCUAUACCGUCAGGAAGCAUUCCAUUUUGAUAUUGUUUAUCUAGGGAAGAAUUCAAGCAGGAUUUCUACGAGCAAGCGCGGGGCUUUCAAAACGAAAUGUCAUUGCCAAAUGUAA